UCCCAACCACCGUGUCCGUCGCCGCGCCGAGCACUCCACCUGAGCUUAUACAUCAUCGCCUCAGCUCGGCUCAGCUCGCGAAAUCAGAGCAGCAGCAGAGGCGAAGCAGAGGAGGUGAUAUGCUUCGAGGACGGGGAGGACAGGAGCAGCGAGAAGUGAGUUAGACGUGGAGGCGGCCGGCCGGCCGGCUGCCAUGUGGACGCCGUCGCGCGGGUCGGCCAGUGGGCGGCGGACGGGGCACCGCCGCAUCGCGGACUACCUCGCCGAUGACCGGACCGAGGCGUCGGAGAACGAGUCGUUCAACACGGCCUACAGCGAUGAGUUCUUUGCGCCGACGUCCGCGGGGGGAGUCGUCGGCGGCGGCGGCGGCGAGGGCGGCGUCGGUGGAAUGCUGCCGGCGUUUCUUGCCGACCAGAGUGACCUCGUGGAGGUCAUGCUGGAGCUCGACGAGGAGUCCAUGGUGGUGCGGAGCGUGACGCCGACCGCCGCGGCGCUGUACGGCCCCACGUCGUUGGCGGGAGGAGCGGCCGGGGGCGCGCACACGCCGGGGAGCGGCCGGAGCCUGAGCAGGAGCUCGUCGACGUCGUCGCGGAUACGCAAGAAGUUCGCUUGGCUGCGGUCGCCGUCCCCGGCCCCGGCGCCGCGGCACCCGCCGCCCCCGCCAGAGCAGCAGCCGCCGCCGCCGCGGGAGGCGGCGAUGGCCGCCCGCGAGCGGCGCCGCAUCCAGGCGCGGCUGAACCGCUCCCGCUCCGGCCCGAGGCGCGCCCUCAAGGGCCUCCGCUUCAUCAGCCGCACCACGGGCUCCGCCGAGGCCGCCGAGCUCUGGCGCGCCGUCGAGGCGCGCUUCAACGCCCUCUCCCGCGACGGCCUCCUCGCCCGCGACGACUUCGGCGACUGCAUCGGGAUGGUGGACUCGAAGGAGUUCGCCGUCGGCAUCUUCGACGCGCUGGCGCGGCGGCGGCGGCAGGAGCUGGAGCGGAUCAGCAAGGAGGAGCUCUACGACUUCUGGCUCCAAAUCUCCGACCAGAGCUUCGACGCGCGCCUCCAAAUCUUCUUCGACAUGGUGGAUACCAACGUGGACGGGAGGAUCACUAGGGAGGAAGUGCAGGAGCUGAUCGUUCUGAGCGCGUCGGCGAACAAGCUGUCGAAGCUGAAGGAGCAGGCGGAGGAGUACGCGUCGCUGAUCAUGGAGGAGCUCGACCCGGAGGACCUCGGCUACAUCGAGCUGUGGCAGCUGGAGGCGCUGCUGCUCCAGCGGGACGCGUACAUGAACUACAGCCGGCCUCUCAGCAGCGGCAGCGCGGCGCAGUGGAGCCAGAACCUCGGCGGCGUCGGCAACGGCAACGGCGGCGGCGGCGGUGGCGGAGGAGGAGGGCAGCAGGGGCAAGGGCAGAAGGAGCAGGGUGCUCCAGGGAGGAGAUGCUGGAGGCGGCGGUUGAGCCUGCGGCGCGCGGCGGCGAGGGCGCAGGUGGCGGCGGAGGAGAACUGGCGGCGUGCGUGGGUGCUGGCGCUGUGGUUCGCGGCCAUGGCGGGGCUGUUCGCGUGGAAGUUCGUGCAGUACCGGCGGUCGCCGGCGUUCCGCGUGAUGGGGUACUGCCUCCCGACGGCGAAGGGCGCCGCCGAGACGCUCAAGCUCAACAUGGCGCUCGUCCUCCUCCCGGUCUGCCGCAACACGCUGACGUGGCUCCGCUCCUCCUGGGCCCGCUUCUUCGUCCCCUUCGACGACAGCAUCACCUUCCACAAGAUCAUAGCGACGGCGAUCGCGCUGGGCAUCUGCAUGCACGCGGGGAACCACCUGGCGUGCGACUUCCCGCGGCUGAUCGGGUCCAGCGCGGAGGAGUACCGGCUGGUGUCCAGCUUCUUCGGGGCGGAGCGGCCGACCUACCGGAGCCUCCUCGCCGGCGUGGAGGGGGUCACCGGGAUCGUGAUGGUGGUGCUCAUGGUGGUCUCCUUCACGCUGGCGACGCGGCCGCUGCGGAAGCGGGAGGGGCAGCGCGGCGCGGCGCGGCUGCCGUUCCCGCUCGGCCACCUCGCCGGGUUCAACGCCUUCUGGUACUCGCACCACCUGCUCAUCGUCGUCUACCUCCUGCUGCUCGUCCAUGGCUGGUUCAUGUUCCUCGUCAGCAAGUGGCACCAGAGGACGACAUGGAUGUACAUUGCUGUGCCGUUGGUGCUUUACGUCGGCGAAAGGACGCUGCGGGCCUUCCGAUCCAACGCUUAUGCAGUAAAAAUCCUGAAGGUGUGUCUUCUACCGGGAAAUGUGUUGACCAUCACAAUGUCAAAGCCCUACGGAUUCAGAUACAGGAGUGGGCAGUACAUUUUCCUUCAGUGUCCAACGAUCUCUCCAUUUGAAUGGCACCCUUUCUCCAUCACUUCAGCUCCUGGAGAUGACUGCAUCAGCGUCCAUAUCCAGAGCAGAGGGGACUGGACGCAGGAGCUCAAGCGCAUUUUUGUCGAGAACUACUUCGCGCCAAGUGUUCCAAGAAGAGCUUCAUUUGGAGCCCUAGGCAUGGCAGAACAGAAGAGCCCACCAAGGUUGCUUGUGGAUGGUCCUUACGGCGCACCAGCGCAGGACUUCAGGAACUAUGAUGUUCUUCUCCUGGUUGGCCUUGGGAUCGGUGCGACGCCUUUCAUAAGCAUUCUGAGAGAUCUACUGAACAACAUCAAGCUGGCUGAUGAGCUGAUGGAUUUGGCAAUGGAGACCAGCAGGUCUGAUGACAGCGCCAACAGCUUCAGCGUGUCGACGGCGAGCAGCAACAACAAGAGGAGAGCAUACAGGACGAGCAGGGCACACUUCUACUGGGUUACAAGAGAGCCAGGGUCAUUCGAAUGGUUCAAGGGGGUUAUGAAUGAAGUUGCUGAGAUGGACAAGAAGGGUGUCAUAGAGCUGCACAACUAUCUCACAAGUGUGUAUGAGGAGCGUGAUGCCCGGUCGACGCUGCUCUCAAUGGUGCAAGCCCUGAACCAUGCCAAGCAUGGUGUAGACAUUGUAUCAGGCACAAGGGUUAGGACACAUUUUGCAAGGCCUAACUGGAAGGAAGUCUUCGCAAGAAUUUCUUCCAAGCACCCCAAUUCUACAGUUGGAGUAUUUUACUGUGGGAAGCCCACGCUAGCCAAAGAAUUGAAGGAACUGUCACUUGACAUGAGCCACAAAACAACAACUCGCUUCCAUUUCCACAAGGAGUACUUCUGAUGGAAUACAGAAUACUCAUGAUUACAGUAGUAGAUAUUGAUAAAGGAAACAAUUUUUUGCAUAGAAGCAAACUGACCCUCUUCACCAUUUGUAAAUGUACAUAGUAUAUGCAGAGGGAUAGUUAGAAGCAUUUUUAUUAACAAAAAUUGAGAAGGCAAAAUCUUCAAUGCUCUCAGCCAUCAAUUAUCAUAGAUAUAUACAUGUAAAGCUUAUAGCCACUCUGAUGCCAAGCAUACAAGAGAUUGAGAGCACCAAUCUAAUCUGAGUGUGCAUCAUUUUCAAUUUCAA